CUUCAACCGUCAUUUUCGACGUAUACCUUCAUCCAACGGUCGGUCGAGUCCUUCCUCAUCUUACCCUCCGAUUCACCUCAUCAUCUUAUCAUCCUACGGCUGAUCUUCGCGAAUCAUAAAAAUGUGUUGUACCCGCUCAACACCCAAACACCGAAUACCCUAUACCCCCACCAAACACUCCCUUCUCCCCAAACUAUCGACCUCUUCUUCUCUUCCCCAAAUUUCCUCUCUCCCAUCACCUGCAACUCCUUCACCACCAUGCCCCGACACCACCAGACCUCGAGCUCCAUCUCCAUCAUGCCCCGACAUCACCAGAACCCCCACCCAGUGCAUCCUUUCCCCCUAGCCUAAAGUUCUCAUCAAACUCAUACCUCUGAACCCUACGUAUGGAGUUGAUGAGAAAUCUCGGGUAGGGUUUACAUGGAGCGACAUGGAGUAGCAGAGGAGGAUAAGUACAAAUAUGGGUUGAAGCUAUUUCGGUCAGAGGUCCCCAGCCUACCAAGUACCAAAAGAUUCGAAGAAAAGGGGAAGGAAAAUUAUUGAAAAAGGCAAGUCAAGUGAACGAGAUGUGAAUAAAAAAGGACCGAUGUUAGUCUCUCAACCUACUCCGUCGGAACCGAGGCAACCAAGUCAACGAGGCGUGAAUCUAAAGGCUCCAGUUGAUACAGCACCUCUUGAUGAUAAAAGGUACUUGGAAGACCUACCUCCUUACAUUAGAGAUUACGUCAUAUCCACCCAUGACGUCACUCCGGAUGGUAAUUGCGGUUUCCAUGUAGUCGUACAACAAAUAGGGCCUUUCACUCAAGGUGCCAAGCUAUAUAAUGAUAAUCAAAUCACUUAUGUUCGUCAAAGGUUGUUGAUGACACUAAAGCAGAAACCGGAAUUCUACAAGACAAUGUUGUCCGAUGGCGAUGCUAGUUUAGAGGUGCAACUUGUUAGGUUUCACAUUCGUCUCCACGGGGCCGAUCCAACCACAAGGGAUCAUUGGAUGUCAAUGUCGAUAUGUGGGCACUUAAUCGCCGAGGCUUUCAAUUUCGUAGUGCAUUAUUUUUCAAGAGGUGGUAGUUUCACAUACACUCCCAAAACAACCAUAUGUGUCGAGAAACUUAGACAUAGGAGAGUGGUGAUUGCGUUGUUUAACAACAACCAUUUUAUAGGCCUCCGGUUAAAAGACAAUUGUCCAUUGCCACCGAUAUGCGGGUGCUCUUAUUGGUCGGGAUUUAACCCCGACACAAUGUUGGGUUGGUGCAUUAUGUAUCAAUAUAACAUGGAGAUGUGGAAAGCUUUGGAGGAAUCGGACAAAAUCAUACACGGACAUUCAGUUUCCCUUGGCUAG